CUACGCAAGAUUACGCUCAAGGCCUCAGACCGUGGGCAAUAUCUUCAUAUAUUUCUAUUUAAGGGAGCAGCUGGUACCCAAUCCAUUCGCCAUAGUCGUCAUCGCACCUCACUCCUUGAUCUGAAAGCGACCGCGGCCGCGCGCAAUCCGAAUUUUACAUCAAUUUCAUCUCAAUCUCCGUUCAUCCAUCAAGUCAUCAUGGGUGUCCCGAAGUUCUUCAGAUGGCUCUCGGAGCGAUAUCCUGCGAUAUCUCAGCUCAUUGCGGAGAACCGAAUCCCCGAAUUUGACAACCUUUACUUGGACAUGAAUGGAAUCAUCCACAACUGCACCCACAAGGACUCGCACGAUACAUCAUUCCGUCUUAGCGAAGAUGAGAUGUUCAUACGCAUAUUCAAUUAUAUCGAACACUUGUUUGGUAAGAUCAAGCCGAAGAAGCUCUUCUUCAUGGCUAUCGAUGGCGUUGCUCCUAGAGCCAAGAUGAACCAACAGAGAGCUCGCCGAUUCCGUACGGCGUUAGAUGCCGAACAAGCCCGCGAUAAGGCUAUACGAGAAGGACAGGAACUCCCAAAAGACGACCCCUUCGACAGCAACUGUAUCACACCGGGUACAGAAUUCAUGGCCAAACUAACCCAGCAGCUCAAGUACUUCAUCAACAAAAAGAUCUCCGAGGAUUCUGACUGGCAGGUCUGCGACAUUGUUCUCUCCGGUCACGAAGUCCCCGGCGAGGGAGAGCACAAGAUUAUGGAAUACAUCAGGAACGCCAAGGCCCAGCCGGACUAUCAUCCCAACGUUCGUCAUUGCCUAUACGGCCUGGAUGCCGAUCUUAUCAUGCUGGGGCUAUUAAGUCACGAUCCCCAUUUCUGCUUACUUCGAGAAGAGGUUACUUUUGGUCGCGCUUCGAAGACUAAGUCGAAGGAGCUGGAGCAUCAAAACUUCUACCUAAUGCACCUCUGCAUAGUCCGAGAAUACCUCGAACUAGAAUUUCAGGAGCUGAAAAAGGAAGGUUCCAUAAAAGUGCCUUUUGACAUGGAGAGAAUCAUCGAUGAUUUUAUUUUGAUGGCAUUCUUCGUUGGCAAUGACUUUCUUCCGAACUUGCCUAAUCUUCACAUCAACGAAGGGGCCUUGGCAACAAUGUUUCGUCUCUACAAACAAGUUCUCCCCCGGUGCGAUGGUUACAUCAACGAAGGAGGGGUUAUUAACCUCUCCCGCCUAAAAUUAUUGCUCGAUGAACUUUCAAAGGAGGAAGAUCGAUAUUUCGAGAACGAGUGCGCGGACUCGAAGUGGCUCAAGGCUAAGCACCUAACCGAGGCCAACGGUCAAGAACAUAGCAAGCCGAAAGGAAAACUUGUCGUAACGAGUUCCCAGAAGGAGAUUUGGAAGAAGAUUCGAAAGUUCAUAAACCAACGACCGCCUACUCCGCUCAACCUUGGCCACGGACUCGCCGCCGCGGAUAGAAAAUUUGUGCAGGACACUGCCGACAGUCUUCAUAUCGAAUGGCGUACUGUUGAGGACGACGAUGGACAACGCAACCUAUUACUAGCGUUCCCCGCAAAGGAAGACGGCGACGAAAACGAAGAAGAGGAGGAAGAAGGACAUAUGGCCUUAUUCCGCGUUAUGAAGCGCUACGACAACGCUCAGGUCGUCGACAUUUCUGCCCAAGAAGCCCGGGCCGCCGCUCAAACCAUGUACGAGGAGAAAUUCCGAGAGUGGAAGGACAAGUAUUAUGCGAGCAAAUUCGAGUGGGCCCCGGAGGUCAAGGAGACGGAACUGACAAAGCUUUGCGAGAAUUAUGUGCAGGGUCUACAAUGGGUACUAUACUAUUAUUACAAAGGAGUAGCUUCUUGGCCAUGGUUCUACCGCUACCAUUACUCUCCCAUGACAUCAGACAUCGUCAGGGGCAUGAAUGCCGAUCUCAACUUCAAACUCGGCCAACCUUUCCGUCCAUUUGAGCAGCUCAUGGGAGUCCUCCCUGACCGAAGCAAGAAGAUUGUCCCCUCGGUAUACCACGAACUUAUGACAGACGCGAAAUCGCCAAUUAUCGAUUUCUACCCUAGAGAUUUUGAGCUCGACAUGAACGGAAAGAAAAUGGAAUGGGAAGCUGUUGUAAAGAUCCCUUUCAUUGACGAGCAGAGAUUGUUAUCCGCCAUGGCACCUAAAAACCAGCUUCUUACCCCGGAAGAGAAGGCGCGCAAUGAUUUUGGCGUGUCACUGAAGUUCACCUAUGACGCCAAUGUUGACUUUAUCUACCCGUCGUCCAUGGUUGGAAUCUUCCCAGACAUACCCCAUUGUCGCUGUGUCGAGAACAUAUUCGACCUGCCUACAACGGAGGGGUUAGACCUAUAUGUUGGUUUACUGAAAGACACGAAGGUGGGAGUCGACGCUCUAGCAGGCUUUCCAAGUCUCGCUACAUUACCCUAUAAUGCCGCUCUUGGCUUUCACGGGGUGAACGUUUUCCAGCAAGAGAGCCGCAACGAAAGUAUGGUGGUAACUCUAGCCGACGUAGAGCUCCGAAGCAAAGUUGAGUUGGCAAAGGUCAAAUUGGGGCAGAAAUGCCAUGUCGGGUAUCCCUUUUUACAGGAGGCUAAAAUCAUAUGCGUGUCUGACGAGUUAUUCGACUACGCGCUUGCUGCCGAUGGGUCCGGCCAAAUUAUCCAGACUCACCACACCGGGAGAGAAAUUGAAGAGUGGAAUAAGAAAUCGUACCGCAUUGAAAAUUUCUACAGUAAAAGACUCGGCAUAAUCAUUGGAACAAUCGAGUCGAUGGUCCACGUCGAGAUGCUAAGGGGGCUCGUCAAAACCGACGAGGGUGCUACUAUUAAAGAGUACGGCCAUAUCCCCGGCAUGGAGACAGAUUACGCAGCACAGGUGAUCGUUGACGAGGUCAUCAGCGAGGACGAGCGGUUCAUUGAGCGAGCUGCGCUCCCCCUCGAAGAAGAGUUCCCUAUCGGAUCUCGCGUUUUCUUUCUGGGCGACUACGCCUACGGACGUCCCCUUGAGAUAUCUGGUCAUAGCGAUAACCGGGCGGAGAUCAUAUUGUUGGUACCUUCCACGAAAGAACCGGAUUUUACGCAUCCAAUUAUUCGCCGUGCUGAGCAACACAGUGGUUAUCGGCCGUCUUACGCCGUCGCGAAGGAUCUGGGACUUCACCCUCUCGUAUUGAGCAAGAUCACUUCAUCCUUUUUUGUUCACACCAUAGGCGGCAGUAUGAAGGUUAAUCUAGGACUGAACCUCAAGUUCGAAGCAAGAAAGCAAAAGGUCCUCGGAUAUUCGAGAAAGUCGAAUUCGGGGUGGGAAUUCAGCCCUGCUGCAAUACAACUACUAGUAGAGUAUAUGACCCGCUUCCCUGACUUCUUCGCCGCCAUCAUGAAGAACCCAUCAGGGAAUGAAUUACACGAGACGCAACUAUGGCCAGAUAGUGACGUUGCCAGUGCCAAGAUCAAGGAGAUCGGAGCUUGGUUGAAGACCGUAGAAACUAGCAAAUUUGAACGAGUCCCUCUCGAUGCCGAACAGCUGGACUCAGACGUGGUCAUGCUUCUCCAAAAAGCAGUGGACGAGUUGAAGGAGACGACCAACAAAUCUGAUAGGAGAAAACUUAAAGGCGUUCCUCGAUCAGCAUUGCUCAACCCUAAGGACGCUGAGCAACGGCUGAGCAGCCAAAGAUUCAACCUAGGUGACCGAGUAGUUUAUGUCCAAGCCUCCGGAAAGGUGCCUAUGGCUUCAAGAGGAACGGUUGUCGGUAUAAGCACAGUAGGCAACCAUCAUAUGCUCGACAUAUUGUGCGACAAUGCUUUCAUGAAUGGCACAACCUUGGGGGGCCGGUGCGAACCCUUCCGAGGGCAGACGGUCUCAGCUAAUUCGGUGCUUAAUGUCACCAACAAGCAAGUCAUUGCAAGCUCCAAGAUGAGCCUAGAAAAGCGACCUGUCCAAGCGACGCUACCUCUUCAGUCCCGAGGAUACGGCGCACCCGGCAAUCCCAGUGGUCAACUCCGAGACGCGCCCGCGCCGUCUCCCCUCCGAGGAUCUUGGAGGGGUGCUGUCAAUGGCAUUCAUCGACAAUCGGUACAGGGACGAAACACUCAGGGUCCUUCGGUACACAACGAUGCUCCUCGCUUACAGCACAGCAGCAUGGUUUAUCGUCCGGCAAACAACAACCACCACCAACAGCAAGCAAAUUAUCAAGGAGCGGCACAACACAGCGACAGAUUUCCUUCGCGUGGUCGUGGAGGUUCGAAUCGAGGUGGACGUGGAAAUAGAGGUGGUAGGGGAGGUUCGAUGGUCCCAAGCACCACUAUUAAUAACCCAGGCGGAUCGAUCAUGACAGGAGCGCCUCAGAAUCCGACCUACAACGCUGUACCGCCACCAUCCGGGUUGGAUGUACGUGGCGGUGGCCGCGGACGUGCACGCGGGCGUGGUGCCUUGCGUGGAAGAGGGGCCCGGGGCGUUGCAGGUAAAGACUAAUAAAACCGAGGACUCUAUCUCAGUCUAACUGACUAAUUAAGUGUUGCGAGGUGGACAAUGUAAAUAGAGGUCUGGGUGCAGGAAAACUUUGGCGGGCAACGGGUUUGAGGGUUACUAUCCCAAUACUAUGCUCAAGGGGUGGAGAUGUUCA